UGGCUGCGUGUCUGCCCAGUAUAUAAGCAGAGGGCAAGGACCUUCAGAGUUGGGUGACCUCUAUAUUUUGGCUCUGGUGAAUAGGAUCUGAUCCCAAGGACUGUUACUUUUUUUCUUGUCUGGUGUGCAGGUAAAAACUCAACACUGUGCUUUGUAUGAAUAGCUAAAGCUUAGGGAUGAGGCCAAGUUGGCGGUUUAGAUUAGUUUGACUUGGAAAUAUUUCUGAGCAAAAACAUUUUGGGGGGUUUACAAAAUGUAAUUUUAGAGUUAGCUAAAUCCUGUUAUUUUGGCUUGUCCCUGUUUGAAAUGGGGGGGUGUUUUAUCUCUCCUGCACAUGUAGCUACUUUCAUUUUGUCUUUUAAUUGUCAUCAUACUUAAAUGCAUAGACUUAAUGAUGCAAAAGCAAUAAUGUGUCAGUAAAUGUACAUAUGGGGGCUUUCUGGAAGGGUUUCAGAUCAGUGGAAUAUUUCACAGCAUAUCUUAGUAGGAGUCUGAUUCUCUUGGCUUGUUUGACAAAGACAGAUUCGUUUUGAAGAAAUUAAGUUGUGAACUGUUGCAAAGUUUUAUAAGCUUUGUGUCGGCAAAUGGUUCUCUAGUGUGGAUACUGAGAUAAAUAAGUAAGUGUCUCACAAUCAGAUACAGUCUGAGGUGUCUCACAAUCAGAUACAGUCUGAGGUGUAUAAACAACUGUGGAACAGGUGUAAAAAAAAUGGGUGUUCUUGAAUGUCCAGCAGUUGCUUUCGGACAGUUACUGUAACAGUUACAUCCUUUUCAUUGCCUUUGGACAUGGGCAUGUGAUGCAUCAACUGUGUCAAUAGUUACGUCCAGAUCAUGUGAUCAUUUUUGAAAAUCAAUAUUUUAAUAACAGUUGAGGUAAAUUCCAUCCCAACCGAAUGCUUUUAAGGAACAUAAUUUAAAUACAAUUUUUGGGGGCCUCCCGAGUGGCACAGUGUCACUACAGACCCGGGCGUCACUACAGACCCGGGUUCGAUCCCAGGCUGUGUUACAGCCGGCUGUGACCGGGAGACCAAUGAGGCGGCGCACAAUUGGCCCAGCGUCUUCCAGGUUAGGGGAGGGUUUGCCCGGCCGGAAUGUCCGUGUCCCAUCGCGCUCUAGCGACUCAGGGCCAGGCGCAUGCACGCUGACACGGUCGCCAGUUGUACGGUGUUUCCUCCGACAUAUUGGGGUGGCUGGCUUCCGGGUUAAGCGUGUGUCAAGAAGCAGUGCGGCUUGGCAGGGUCAUGUUUCUGAGGAAGCAUGGCUCUCGACCUUCGCCUCUCCCGAGUCUGUACGGGAGUUGCAGCUAUGGGACAAGACUGUCCCAUCGUUGGGGAGAAAAAGCGGUAAAAAAAAGAAAGAAAGAAAGUAUAGUCAAUUAAAUUAAUGAGUUGGCCUUUAAAAUCAAUUGACCCUGGUGUUGAGAAAUAAAAACCAAGCGAGGCUGCAAAAUGUAAUGGUAUGACAGCCAGGAGGUCUCUCUGAUGGAUAGGACCCAACGUGUUGAGUGAUCGCACUGUAGGAUAUGGGGCUAUAUUGUGAAGGGGGGGGGGGGGGGAGGGGGCUCUUUGCGUGAGUGGACAGUGUGGAAAUAUGUUCCAUACAUAAAGGGCAAAGGUAAUAUAGGAUAGGGGUGGAAUGUUGAAGAGGUUGUGAGGUUGGGGGUGAGGGUGUUAAAAAUAUCCAACACACGUGCUUCUCCCUCUUAUCUAUUCCAAACAGAAACAUGACCCAGUGGACGGGGACAUUGACUGACAUUUGUAACUAGGAUAUGGGGUAUCCACAUCAAUAAGAGUUUUUGCAGCUGUUGUCUUUGAAAGGAAGUUUCUCUGGGCCUGAGACAGAGCACACUGGGUUGUUUUCUGUGCAAAUAGACAAUAAAGGUCUAAAGAUUUCUUCUUUUCUUUCCUCCCUACAGUGUUAAAAACGCAAGCAUGCCUUUCGGUAACACCCACAACAACUUCAAACUCAACUUCAAAGUUGAGGAGGAGUACCCUGACCUCACCAAGCACAACAACCACAUGGCCAAGGUGCUGACCAAGGACAUGUACGCCAAGCUGAGGGACAAGCAGACCCCCUCCGGCUUCACCCUGGAUGACGUCAUCCAGACCGGUGUCGACAACCCUGGUGAGUGCCACACAUCUCCCAUACACCCCCUGAGGAUAGUCACUAACCGCCGCAAACACACAACACAUCCCUGUCAAAGGGAGCUGAGCAGGUGUCAAAACCCUACAACAGUCUGCACAACCAAGUUAGUGCUCUAAGCAUAGAUCGAUCGUAAUACCAUUGCAAUUAAAACAUGUGAAAAUAAUAUAUGCCAUUUAGCAGAGGCUUAUAUCCAAAGCGACUUACAGUCAAGACAUACUAAUACCACAACCAUAUAUUAUACUAGAUAUGCAGGUUAACCUAUUCAAUAUGCAGCAUACAUUUCACAAGGAUUCAAUAUGCAGCAUACACCACAGAGUGGUAUAUUAAUGUUUGUACUCUGUAGACCUGCUGGCUUCUUACAGCCCCUUCUCUCUCUGUCCUCAGGUCACCCCUUCAUCAUGACCGUUGGCUGCGUGGCUGGUGAUGAGGAGUCCUACGAGGUCUUCAAGGAUCUGUUGGACCCCAUCAUCUCAGACCGUCAUAGUGGAUACAAGCCCACAGACAAGCACAAGACCGACCUGAACUUCGAGAACCUGAAGGUAGGGCUGUAUACAUUUUUCGGACAUAUUUUCUGGGUUUCAUUCUCGAUUAGGUGUAGAAUGGAAAGAUGGCAAAUAAUCUCUACAGCACAUAGGAGGUUUGGAAUCACAGAUGUGUUAAAAUGUUCAGGUCUAAAACUCAGUUGUGACCUUGUCUCUGUGUAAGGGAGGUGAUGACCUGGACCCCAACUACGUCCUGUCCAGCCGCGUGCGUACCGGCCGCAGCAUCAAGGGAUACACUCUGCCCCCCCACAACAGCCGUGGCGAGCGCAGAGCAGUGGAGAGACUGUCUGUCGAGGGUGAGCCUCCCAGCUACCAACAGCUACAUAUGCAUACACAGGAUUGUUCAUGAAGCUAGGUAGUAAAACUAACAAAAUGGGAUUUAUUGGAAAUUGAGAUCCGAAUUCUUAAUUAAUUGGAAAUAGAGAUCAAAAGUGAAUCCUUAGCUGCAAUGACUUGUGCAUGGUGUCAAAUAACUCCAUGCAGGGUGAUACCAUGUUAAGAGUGAGGGGAAACUGAGGGGUUUUCUGUCUCUCCAGCUCUGAACACCCUGGACGGUGAGUUCAAGGGAAAGUACUACCCCCUGAAUAAGAUGUCCGAUGCCGAGCAGGAGCAGCUGAUCGCUGACCACUUCUUGUUUGACAAGCCUGUCUCCCCCCUGCUGCUGGGUGCUGGUAUGGCCCGUGACUGGCCCGAUGCAAGAGGAAUCUGGUGAGUAUCUGGAACACAGACCCAUACCAAAAAAAUACUGUUUGUGGAACCAGAUGGUGUAUUGUACAGAACAUCCCACAAUGUAUCGUAGUGAUGCUUCAUGUGAAACCUCAUCCCACCUUUCUGAAGGCACAACGAUGCCAAAAGCUUCUUGGUCUGGGUGAACGAGGAGGAUCACCUGCGUGUCAUCUCCAUGGAGAAGGGCGGCAACAUGAAGGAGGUCUUCAGGCGCUUCUGCGUUGGUCUGAAAAGGGUACGUUCUUGUACUCAAACCAUUUUGAUAUGGCACAAAAACACCCCUAAAACAAUGGAAAUACAUGAAAACGCAGAGAGACAAAGACAAUGUUGAUAUAGGGUUGUUUCUCUUACCUCACAGAUUGAGGAGACUUUCAAAAAGCACAACCAUGGCUUCAUGUGGAACGAGCAUCUCGGCUACGUGCUGACCUGCCCCUCCAACCUGGGAACCGGCCUGCGCGGUGGCGUGCACGUCAAGCUACCCAAGCUGAGCACACAUGCCAAGUUCGAGGAGAUCCUGGGCAGGCUGCGUCUGCAGAAGCGUGGCACAGGUACGCACACGCACAACAAAAAACACAUCCAGAACAGCUGCUGAUAUAUUCAACUGUAAUUCGUCACAGAUCACGACAGUCUUACCUUUUACAACAAAACAUGUAAAAAGGAACAGAGAUUAGCAUGAGCGAAAGCUAUUAUGAAAUAGCCAUGUCCACAGCUGUUAAGACGUCUAUUCAUUGAGUCUGUAUUUUUGUUGACAUCUGGAUAAUUUAUAGUAUGAGUAAGGAUGCAGAGAUUGUCUGAGACAAACACUUACACCCGCAUCUCUCCCCCUUUUCCCUGCUCUCUCCAGGUGGCGUGGACACCGCCUCCGUGGGUGGAGUGUUCGACAUCUCCAACGCUGACCGUCUGGGCUCCUCCGAGGUGGACCAGGUCCAGAUGGUGGUGGAUGGGGUCAAGCUCAUGGUGGAGAUGGAGAAGAAGCUGGAGAAGGGAGAGGCCAUCGACGGCAUGAUCCCCGCCCAGAAGUAAAGAGUUGUUGACGUCGCUAUUCGUCUUUUGUUUUUCUAUUGUCAAGUCAUGUGCAAUCGAGCCAACCAACCGGUGCGAAGAAGAAACUGAUGGUCGCUCUAGAGACUCUUGACUGCUGCUCAACUCUUUUUCUUCUUUCCUUCAGCCUUUUUUCUCCUAUCACCUUUGUUAUUUCCUUUCCUUUUCUUCCUUCAGACUUUUUUCCCCACUUCUCUCCAGUUCAGUCGGUAACAUCCUGGGAUCAGCCUCCACUGAAGUCGGCUUGCCUGACAGAUGUGGCAUCACCUAAAUUUGAACUUUGGUUCUAAAAAGUAAUAAAUUAAAUUGUGAUUCAAUAAACCUGGCCCCAUGAACCAAAACAGAUA